AUGCAUACUUGUUCUCGGGCCAGUGCGAUUACAAACAGCAAACAAAGGAAAGGAACACCAGGAUUAGUUGCAUCUGUUGUUAAUGAGUUGUAUCCAGGUCGAUUAGAUACACCAACUCCUCACGCUAUCAUGCUUUUGGUUAACCAAAACGCUUCUGUGAGUGUGUCAUACUCCACCGCAUGGAGAGGAGUACAACAAGCUAAAUCUCUGGUUCGUGGUUAUUCUGCAGACAGCUAUAGAGAUCUGUACUCAUAUUUGUACAUGCUACAGAAGGUGAAUCCAGGUACAAAACACAAGGUGUUACUGGACGAACAAGGAAGAUUCAAGUACUUAUUUGUCGCUUUGGGAGCUUGCCUUGAGGGGUUUGUAGCUAUGAGAAAAGUGGUAGUUGUUGAUGCAACUUUUUUGAAAGCCGGAAUGGGCUGUCAGCUAGUCUUAGAUGCUUGUCAGGAUGUUUCAAGGGAUAGAGAAAUAGUUGCAGAUACAUUCAUGGAGUGUGCAAGAAAGUAUACAGAGGCCGAGUUUCUUGAUCAUUAUUCGAGGAUGGCAUUAAAGUACCCUGCUGUGACCGAUUAUCUAGAAAGGCGUGUAGAAGUAUCGAAAUGGGCCAAGUGCUAUUUUCCAGCAGAGAGGUACAAUCUAGAUACUAGUAACGUUUUGGAGUCCUUGAAUAGUGAGUUUAAAGAUGCAAGGAAGCUGCCAUUAUUACCUAUGAUAGAUGCGAUUGUUGACAAGUUGUGUGAAUGGUUUAACAAGCAUAGGAACGAGGCUGCUUGA